AUGGCUGUUAAUUGUUUGUCCCAAAUUCUCUACAAGGAUCUUCAACAAAAGUCCGAUGAACCUGUCUCCCAAUUUUUGCAGCCUGCAAAUUCAAUUGCUAUUGAAUUGAACGCUACUGGUCAUCCUCUGCACCCUAAUGAGUUCAAUCUCCACAUUUCUCGUGGACUUAAAUCUGAGUUUCGUGAUAUGAGCUGGCCUGUUUGCCAGUUAAAUGUACACAAUGUGUUCCUCCAUGGCAAGUUAAAUGAGGAGCUGUAUCUGUCCCAACCACAAGGUUUUGUUGAUGCUUCUCAUCCCACUCAUGACCUUGGGGAUCUCCACUUUUUUCUCGGCAUUGAAGCUAUUCCUCACUCCAAGGGUCUUCUUCUUUCCCAGUCUCGUUACAUAUCUGAUUUUCUUAAGAAGACUGGUACGGUUGAUUGUAAGCCUGAUAAAACACCUAUGGCUACUACUCAGAAACAAUCGGCUGAAGGGGGUGCACCAAUGUCCGAUCCCACUUUAUACAGGUCCGUGGUUGGCGCAUUGCAAUAUGCCACCCUUACCCUUUCGGAUGAUUCUUUUGCAGUUAAUCAUGCAAGUCAAUUCAUGCAUGCCCCUACUGAGGUGAACUGGCAACUUGUUAAGCGGAUACUACGCUAUUUGAAGAGUACAUGUACUUCAGGCCUACUACUUGAGCAUUCUUCUUCUCGUUCUCUUCAAGCAGUUUCUUAUGCAGAUUGGGCAGGCGAUGGUUUUGAUCGUAAAUCUACUAGAGGUUUUGCCAUUUUUUUGGGUCCCAAUCUGAUUUCUUGGACUUCUUGUAAGCAACAUAUUGUUGCCCGUUCAUCCACUAAGGCUGAGUAUAAAGCCUUGGCCGAUGCUUCGGCUGAGCUUGUUUGGCUUGAAUCCUUGUUUCGUGAGUUGGGUUACCCUCUUUCUAGUGCUCCUGUAUUGUAG